AUAAUUCUCUAAAUAUGGCACUAAAUCUUAUAAAUAAAAGUACAAUUAGUUGAAGCAAGUACGUUGCAAACGUACGUACUUUACGUGUAGAACGUAUAAAUCGUAUCAAUACAUUUAAAAUAUGUUCAAUAUCUUCCACAACAUAUGCUAGCAUAAGUUCCACAAAAUAUCGAAUGACUAGAAUAAAAAAUCAUAACAAAACCAAAAAACGUGGACAAGGAGGACAUAUAAAUUAAGUAGUCUAAAUAAACAUAAAUAUUAAUAUUUGUAGUAUGGCACGAAGAAGAAAAAUUCCAGCGCGCAAACAUCAUGGAGUACGUGAUCCAUUAAAACAAUUGGAGCUUAAGGAAAAAUCUCUAAAAAACUCAAUUAACAAUCCACCUGAAAUUGGAAAUGAUCAGAAAAUAUCUUAUAAAUUUGCUCAAUUUAAGAAAUUAGCGGACGAUGUUAAGUGCGGGAAAAAAAUUAAGAAACCACACGCAGGUCGUGAGGAUAAACCAGUGGAGAAACUGAACAAAAAAAAUAAAACUCGCAUUCCUGAGAAUAAAAUACGCAAUAUUAAACAAAUUUCUGGUGAAAGUGAUGAGGACUAUUUGAGGCGUGUUAAUCGCAUGACAACUGAAUCCUUAAGAGAAGCCAAAUAUGAAGCAAAAUAUGGUGUAAAUGUGUUACGAGACCCGCAGACUGGCGAAAUUACUAUUAAGAAACGUCCUAAAAAUGAAAUUGAUGAACUGUUAAAACAAAAACAGAAUGAAAGAAUUAAUAAUAAAAGAAAGGGUAGAAAAGCGAGUAAAUCUCAACAAGUGAACCGAAUGGAUCCAAAGGAAGCCAAAGCAUUAAUUAAACAAGCGAUAAAAGAAGAUAAAGAAGAGAAAAGAAAUGAAAAGCCAGAUAUUGAGGAGUACAAACGUGACGUUAUAUCCUUUGGUGAAAUAGUGCAUAGGCCGCCAACACUCUCAACGCUACCAAGACGAGCUGAAAAAGUAGACACUGUGCCAAGACCCGGAAAAAAAAAUCUACUACUAAAGACACUUCUUGAUCAGACUGACAACAAACCCACAAAUUCAAAUAACGCAACGGCAAAGUUGAAGGGUAUAAAAAAUAAAACAAUUUCCAAAUCGCAACUCAAAGGAAAACGAAAGGAUCUGCCCCUUGCUACGAGAUCAAUGCUGGAGAAUGAACAGAGCAAAAUAGUUGAACUCUACAGACAACUAAAAAAAUCUAAGCAGAAAAAUUUUGAAUAAAAAAAAUUUUAUGUA